AUGUAGUUGCAACAAUUGUCCACCAGGGGGCGUAUCGAACACCUUGAGCCCCUCUGGUUAGCUAACGUCAGUUCAGCGCUGUAACGGGUGUUGAACGGCGGAGGCGGCCAUUGUUGUCGGCCCUGUCGCAGUGUUGUUCUCUUUAGAAAUCAGGAUGGAGGCAUCAUCAUCAUCAUCAUUGCCUGGCUUCUCAUUACAGUAGUUGGUGUUAGGAAGCGGCUCAACAUGUGCUGACCAGCAGCUCACCAAGCCAGGACAUUGGACAUCUGACAGAGCUGCAGACUAGAUGUGGAAGUGACUUGAUCAGACGAUGUGUGUACCUGCCCUCCCCCUGUGCCUGCUGCUGUGGAUCUUGCAAACAACACAAGCUGCUGUGGUCACCGCUCCCGCCAAAGUGAACGCAGUGGCGGGCGAUCCCGCCCACCUUCGCUGCAACAUCACCACGCAGCCGGAGGAGACCGUGCACCAGGUGCGCUGGCACAACCCUCACUCCAACAUGAUCCUGGCGUAUCUGACGAAGCCGCCGAUCCGCAUCGUCCACCAAGACGCCAACCUGAAGGUGACGGUGGCACGCAAGGACUCCAGCUACAUCACCAUCAAGAAGGUGGGGCCGGACGACGAGGGCUGCUUCCACUGCUUUUUCGACGUGUACCCCUCUGGGAAGCAGCAAGGCACCACCUGCAUCACCAUCACCGGAGGUAGAGUCUCCCUGGAGGGGAACAGGACGGCCAUACGCGGGCUGCCCGUCACCCUGUCCUGCUCGUACCCCCUCAUCAAACGGGUCGCCCAGGCUCUGUGGAGGAAGACCACCGAGCAGGGCAACACCGUCACGGUCGCCUCGUACGCCAAGGUCGGCUCUUACAUGGGGGAGCAGUUCAAAGGUCGGGUGUCGCUGAGCCCCACGCUGGGGGAGACCAGGCUGACCAUCGAGGAGGUCCAAGUGGAGGACGAGGCGUGCUACACCUGCGAGUUCCACACCUACCCGGACGGGACCAGGAAGGCCGUCGCCUGCCUCCAUGUCUAUGUUUUACCCAAGCCGGAGGUGAGCCACUCAACGUCGCCCUCGGGAGUCACGGAGGCUAACUGCACCGCCCAGUCCAGGCCUCCGUCCACCAUCCUGUGGGAGAUUAGCGUCAAUGGCGUCACCCUGGGUCCACCGGUGUCGUCGGUGCACAGUCCGGGCAACGGCACCACGAUAGUGACGAGCACGCUGCGCUUCCGGUCCGCGCUCAGAACCGUGAAAUGCGUCGUGCAGCACCCGGGUUUAGAGAAAGCCCUCACGCUGUACCUCAAAGCAGACGAUGAUGAGAUUUUGCCUGUCGAAGUGAGCUCCCCCAACAUCCUCCUCAUCGUGGUGUGUGUGAUUGCAACCGUCUUCAUUCUGGGUCUGUGUGUGUUCAUCUGCAAGCGCUUCAUAUGUAUUUGACGACUGAUUCGGCAUCUGGCAUCACCGCCACUGUCGCGCUUCAGUGGAUUUCUGAGCCCGACCCAGCUGCUCAGCACCGUGCAGAGGAAGCUGCUUGUUCUGCUCCUACCAACCGGAAACGUACUGCCAGAGCAGACAAAACACUCCCUACUGAAAGGAUUAUUUAACGCUACAAAUGAGAUGAAACUGCUGACAAGUCGACCCGCAGUGGCUCGAAAACCUUUUAGGAUUCGGUUUCAGGUCAUGUCGUUGCUCUUUGUCCUGUACCAAAUGCCCUCUGCAGCCAUAAAGUGCCACACAUCCAAGUCAAAACUGACUCUUAAAUGUGAUUUUUACUUCUAAUGCUCUGAAAGUUGUUGUUGUGGCUGUUUUAUGUUGAGAUUAAACGCUUCGUUGCACCAUAAGCUAGCGACGCCACUGCCCUACUUCUGUAACAGUCCUGCUUGGUUCAUCCACUGCACAGAAAAAUGUUGGAAGAAAAACAAAAAUAUCCAACUUGGUUCUAUGUUUAGCCUUGUUUCGUGUGCUGACUGGAUAAAUAUCCCCUAGCUCUACGUCUGGCCGUUGUCCCUCAUGCCUGGUGGCUUUUGGGACACCAACACCACCGACAUGCAUCUAUUAGUGGUUCCUGGAGACGUACGCUGAUUAGAGGAGGGCCAGUUCUGGACCUGCAAGUAACGGGAAACCCAAACGCAUCCAAAGUUCUGAGACUGGAUGUGACUUUUUUUUUUUUUUGACUCUUCGUGAGUCGUUCUGAGAGAGGAGAGGACGGCUGCUCUGUCGGUUUGUAACUCCUCCAUGCGGCGCGGGUGGUCGAGAUGUAAUCUGGGUGUUUCUGGGCUCGGCGCCAGCCAAACGCCUCCCGAGCCGAUCAACCUGUGAAUCACCGUUUGUGUGUUGGAGUGCGAGGCAGACGAAGGCCGGAUCCGUUUCCACGUGUGCGCUUGUUUUGGAAGGAAGUCUCUGUGUUUCUGUUUUUAUGUGUUUCUGAGUCACUGAGCUGAACUGCAGGGAGCAGCUUCGACAUUUCUGAAGCGUCUGUUAAUCGGAUUAAAGCAAUAACUUUUGUCGAUGUACCGAGAAAAAUCAAUGUACGCAAGUUUUUCAUAUAUAUAUAUAUAUAUAUAUAUAUCAUUUUUAUGCAUUGACACAGAGUACUAAACAUUGUGAUUGUGGAUGAGCUUUAAAGAAUUAACUAUUGUGCAGCUAUUUUAUCUUUUAGUGUCUUACUUUUUUUAAGCAUUGCAAAUUAUUGUGAUUUUUUUUUUCUCUAGCCACGCCUCUGUCGAUAUUCCGCUAAUGCAAAAAAACCCACAAUUUUGCAAUUCCGUUUUUUCCAUUGAAUAAAUAAAAUCGCACGUGAAUACAUUUGUUCACGUGGAAAGCAUGA